AAUAAAGGUCGCUCCUCAUUGCUCAACUCCCGCAGGCCUCUUGCAUUCGUACUACCGACUCCUCCAUACCGCCAGCAGGGCACGCUGCCCUACAUUUAUCACUAUCCGCCCCGCACUGCGUUACCACCCUCGGAAUCUCUCAGUCCUCCUCUCGCAGACCCCUUUUGCCAUGUCGCAACGCCCAGGCGUCUGCUACAAGGACCUGGUGCCCAUCAUGGACAGUACUCAACCUGUUACAGACCCUGCGAAGAGGGAAGUGGCCACCACGGUGAGAGAUGAGCCAACGUUGAGCCACUCGCUUGCCAUGGGCAAAGACGACGAGGCGCCUACGACAGGCCUCGCACAACAGCAUCAUGGCAACGAAGUGGCCGAUCUGGGAUGGAACGCGCCGAAACCUGCGAUUCCUAGUCCGCUGGUAGGAGGCAUGGACAAUGAGGAAUUGUGGAUGUUGACGAGACGUUUCAACAAGCAAAUGUACCACGUUAAGGAGGUUCCGCAUCCGGUCCCUGGGAACCUCGACCUCAAUAUCGCAGAUGAGGAGGAAUUCUCCCCGGACAAGCUUAGGGCCAACAUAGAACGGCUGUACAUGACUGUGGGUAUCGGACUCAUGGGUGCAGUGAAGCAAAUUGCCCGUCUACGUUCAUGGAGAGAGACAAGGAGGACCACAUGGUUCUGCACUGUUUAUUUCAUUGCUUGGCUAUUAGACCUUCUGGUUCCCCUGUUUUCCGCGACAUUAAUAGCACUCAUCGCCUAUCCGCCAUCCAGAGACAUACUCUUUCCACCGGCUCCUAUUGCUUUGGUUGACUCAAGCACUGGCGGAGUUCAAAAACCCAAAUCUGGCGUUCUGGCCAGUACGGACAGUGCAACGGGUGCUCCUGAGAAUCACAAGGGUGAAGCGGUUGAACAGGAAGCCAGCAACUUUGUCAACGGCAUUGCAUCAGUUGCCUUAAGCAGCGCGACCGGGAAACACCCGCAAGGCGAGCCUGAUUCAGAGGAUGGCGCUCCUCAAGACGCUGCUCCAGACCCAACUGCUAUUGCUGUUGGGGCUGCUGAUGCAAAGGACGCGGCUUCUGGUUCUAAGGCAACGGCUAAGCAUGAUAAGACCAAGGUGCCCAUGGAGACAGCUAUGUGGACCAAAAUGAGACCAAUCAUGCAUGGUAUUGCAGACGUUUCUGACACGUGGGAGCGAUUUGCUAAUGCCCUCUCUCCGACGCCGCCCUUCCCUCGCGAUGCGUAUCGCCUCAGACUGGCCGGUGUCGUUGCCCCUAUUCUAUUGAUUUCCCUCUUCGUCUCAUCAUAUAUGUUUAUGAAAGGCGUAACAUUCGGUGCCGGUUUUGGUUUUUUCGGCGACCCGGUCAUCCAGCGUGGUCUUGUUUGGCUUAACCGCGAAUUUCCCAAUUGGCAAAAGCUUCUUGAAAUCCGAAACACUCUUCUCAAGGGCGUUCCUACCAAUGCUCAACUCACAAUAACCCUCCUUCGUAUUGGCGAGGCAAACAAGGCUCCCCUCCCGCCUCCCCCAAGGAUCAAUGAAGCACCUCCUGAGCAGCCUACAACAAUCACGGAUGAGCAUCUUCGUGCCACUGGCGCUGACUGGCCACUGAAUGCCACGAAGGAGGAGCUCGAUGAUGCCAUGGCCCACGACCCUACAGUAGCGCACGAGACUGGCGGCUCCGACAUCGAUGCUUCCAAGGAUUCCAAGCAUGGCAGAAAGGGAAGCAAGAUCAUCAACUUCUUCAAGGGCACGACCAAGGGUGUCGUGGAGACUGCCAUCGGCGCCGACAAGCUCAAAGCCAAGACUGGCAGCGAUAAGGCCAAGGACCGGCUGGGCGCAGUACCGCGGCCGGACGAAGACCUCACGAGCGGGCCCAUCGAGUUCAAAGCGCGCUACCAUGGUAACAAGGGACAUAUAUAUAUCACAGCGAAAGCGACAAUCCCAUGCGUGUCCUUCAGCACAGACAGUACGAUCGAGAAGAUGGGCACGCAAGAGCGUGAGGACCUGCACCCGGCGUGGAGUAUUCCGGUGUCAGACAUCAUGGAGCUGAAGAAGAUAGGCGGAUACGGCUGGAAGGCGAAGCUGAUUGUCGGCUGGGCGCUGAAUCGCGAGAUUGCUGACGGCUUGGAGAUUACGGAUCGUCGGGGCAGCACGUGGAAGAUCACGGCGUUGCCGUUGAGAGACGAGCUGUUCAACCGGCUGGUUGCUAUGGGUGGACAGAAGUGGGAGGCGUGGUAGAUGAGUGAGUGGUGGAUUUUGAUGGCGUGGGAGGAGAUGAUUAUGAGUUAUGAAGUUAUGGUUUCUUCAAUUGUCUUGAUAGAUUGAUGAGAUUUUGGUGAGAUCAGAUUGUGGGUUUUCUUCAUUCUUUACUCCUGUUCUUCCGUAAUAGUCGACGUGAUUGUUGUUCUUCAUACCUUUAGCAGAAGCGAGAGUGUGUCAUGUUUCCGAAC